GUGCACCCACGCUUUAGUUUAAUAUUGGCACUGUAUAUAAUUUAUUGUAAUAUAAGUAGGUAUUCAAUUCUUUUUGUAGUUUUAUUUGUUUUUUUUAUAAAUAAAUUUCAAAAUGGAGGUUAUUGAAGAUGGGAAUAUUAUGGACAGGAUCCCAAUUCUGUUGCAGAGAGAUUUGGAAUAUUAUCAGAACAACCAAACUGUGCUUUCGGAAAAUGUUUGCUGUGGUGUUGUUGGCGGGAGGCUUGAUUUCCCGAGGAGUGCAUCAUUUGCAGCAGUAAAAAUAGUGCUGUGGUUGGAAGAAGAAUUCUCUAUAGCAUUUAAACAAGGUUCCGGAAUGUUUGUCAGCAUUGGAGAGGACAAAGUAGAUGGUGUUGCAAAAACUUCAGACCCUGAUAAGUUUGCUCAGUUGGCUACCAAAUCUAGCGACUCUUUACUAGAACAUCUUCAUGUACUGGCGCAAGAAGCGCUGGAUCACGCAGACUUGCCAGUGCUAACUGCAACCUUGGGAGCCGCUGCGUUACUAAAGAAUAGUUUAUAUUGCUACGUACAGCAUGUUGAGGACGCUGGCAACACUGAUAGACAUUCUUUAUUACUGGCAUGCUACAAACGCUACGCGACCAUGUCCGAAGCAGUAGGUGAGAGAGUGCUUGACCUACACAAUCGAGUGCUGUCUCUCUACAUCCUACAAGAUUCCGGCGGACGCCCAAUAGACGACCUGUCCAAUAACGUUCCCGAAGCUGGCACACCGUCUGUGCAGGGAUGGUGGCUAUAUAUGAAUGGUAGCAAGAAGGAUUUAUGGGAUACAGUACCACCGAGAAUGGCGCAAAGAAUCUUUGCUGGAAUGUUAAAUGAAACACUUACAAUACUGACUGUUAGGUAUUGUCAGACGAAUACAACGGAAUCAACAACGCCGCUCCUAAUAAACGAUAUAUUGAAUAUUCUGCUAUGUGUGGGCCAGUUAUUACCAGCGACAUGCAACAACGGGUCGGAUCUAGCCGGGUUAGAGGAGGCCAAGCAAUCCAGGGACGUAAGAGAUGUUCACGCGAAAUGCAACGAACUGUUCAAAUGUAUGGUGUACAGAGGGUCCGCAUUGCACUUCUUGCAUCAGGCAUUUACAGAACAAGAAGAUACCAAAUUCUCAAAAGACACCCCUUACCCAUGGUUUACGUUUAUAAAUCCGAACCUCUUCGAUUGUGGCGAUCACAAAAAUGCGAAGACCACUCAGGAGCUGUCGACGAAAACGGCUUUAUGUUUGGAAUUGAUGGUUCUACUUGCUCAACCGCAGCCUUCCUGGUCUUUGGUUGUUAAAGUUCUAAUGAUGCGGAAUUGCCACUUAUUGCGAAUGCUCCUGAUUAACGCCAUCAGCAAUAUGUCAAAGGACAACUCCCGCUGGCCAGCGGACGGUUUAUGGUACAACGUUGAGGGAUGUAAGCAGAAAUGCGAAGGAUUUUUGUGCACGGCUGACGGAUUUUGCAGGUUCAAAGGGGAUUGUAAUGCGGGAGAAGAGUACGCUCGUGCGGUCGGAGCCCUAACGUACAUAUUGGCUACAAUAGGGAGCAAAUCAGACGUGAAAUCGACGCUCUGCUACGCCUUGGAAGUAUCCGGGAGAGAUUGGGCUUCCUGUCUUGAUAAGCGACAGGUGUGGUGCGACCGUCGACCGCCAUGGUUAGCCGGGCUACUGGCAGUGGCAGGCACAUUACUGCAAUAUAUACCCUCGGUACUCGUCCAUGCUGUACAAACUGGGGCAUCUAUGUAUCAGACGAUGUCUCUAUGCCUCACCUGUAUAUCCCGCACCCUGGAUUGCAUACCACGUUGUUUCAUCAACGCCUGUUCUACUCUGGAGAACACCCUGCCUUCCAACAUCAACCCGGUGGGCGGGUCCAUCCUGUUGCAAAUGUUGAUAACCGUCGCAUACGAGGAGUUGCAAAAAUGGGCCCAGAAAGAAGUGGUUAAAGAGAAAAGUGUGUCGAAUGGUGAAGCUCAUGAUAUGAACAUCAAACACCGUCAGAGACCGAAGCAAGUUAGGAUUUCAUCAAUGAAUCGCACAACAACAUCAUCAUCGGCGUCUUUCGACGGUAGCCACAGUGCGCCAUCUUCCAUUGCUCUGGCGAUCGCCGAAGCACUUUGUUCCAUCGAUGAAGACCAUAAACACACGUCGGAAAUAGAAGAUCUAGUCAUUCAGACCAAGAAAACUUAUUCAGUCUCCGAUAAUUUUGGUUUAGAGGACUUUCCUGAGUUUGCAGAAUUUUUUGAGGAGGGAAAUGUCCCGGCAUCGGACGCCGAGCGAGCAAGUGACGCUGCAGCCUUAACCACUCAAAUACUUAUGACUUCUGCGGGCAGAGAUAGUUUAAGAGUAAUCUACGACCACCUACAGCUUCACUGUGAAAUGAUCUACAAGGAUUUGGGAGUCCAAAGUCAACAGGUCGCCGAGAUAUCACUUAACAAAGCGCCGCUUUUGUACAUCAUGUUUCAUAUCGGGAAGAGGCCGUUCGAUCAGUUCUUGCGAGGCGAGUGGACAAUGCCGUGGAGCAGACUAGUAUCGCUGGCGAAGACCUGGUCCGGUGUAGAGGGCGCUAAGGUGCAUGUGAACAGACGCACAGACAUACGCAAUGUCAAGAGUCAGAGCAAGAACAAUAAACAGCUUUUGGAAUUGUAUAACAUAUUCAAAUCGACUACUGAAGGACUUUUGUAGAUUAGAUAUUACUGAACUGCUUUAAAAUUAUUUAUCAGAUAAAAAUAAAAUACUGGCAUUUGA